CUUGCGUCCCCACGUGUGUGCGCCUUAUCUCAGCUGGUCUGCCCGAGACCCCCCUGAGCGCCAACCCUAGUCCCCCGCGUGGCCCCAUUUCCGCUCCAACAAGAUGAAAGAAACUAUCAUGAACCAGGAGAAACUCGCCAAACUGCAGGCACAAGUGCGCACUGGUGGGAAAGGAACUGCUCGCAGAAAGAAGAAGGUGGUUCAUAGAACAGCCACAGCAGACGACAAAAAACUUCAGUUCUCUUUAAAGAAGUUAGGGGUAAACAAUAUCUCUGGUACUGAAGAGGUGAAUAUGUUCACAAACCAAGGAACAGUGAACCACUUUAACAACCCUAAAGUUCAGGCAUCUCUGGCAGCAAACACUUUCACCAUUACAGGCCAUGCUGAGACAAAGCAGCUGACAGAAAUGCUACCCAGCAUCUUAAACCAGCUUGGCGCAGACAGUCUGACCAGUUUAAGGAGACUGGCUGAAGCUCUGCCCAAACAAUCUGUGGAUGGAAAAGCACCACUUGCUACUGGAGAGGAUGAUGAUGAUGAAGUUCCAGAUCUUGUGGAGAAUUUUGAUGAGGCUUCCAAAAAUGAAGCAAACUGAGUUGAGUCAACUUCUGAAGAAGAUAAAUCUUGAAGAAGUUACUGGGAGCUGCUAUUUUAUAUUAUGACUGCUUUUUAAAAUUUUGUUUAUGGAUCUGAUAAAAUCUAGAUCUCUAAUAUUUUUAAGCCCAAGCCCCUGGACAGUGCAGCUCUUUUCAGUUUUUGCUUAUAUACAAUUCAUUCUUUGCAGCUAAUUAAGCUGAGGAAGCCUGGGAAUAAAGUUUGAAACAAAGAUU